AUGCAGAAAGCUCAGGAACAGAAUAUUUUCAUCCAUGGGACAGAAGAAGUUGAGCAGACAGGGCGGGUGCCCGGCAGAGCUCCUCCAAGCCCUGCCAUCCCUCCUAAGAGAGCCAAAGUCACGGCGGAGCAAGGGGGCCCUGCGGCUCCGAUUUUUCUGCAGGAGCUGAAAGACACAGCUGUUAGCAUCGGCCAGGACUUCCUGCUGAAGGUAGUCGUGACCGGCAACCCCUGGCCGCGCCUGAUCUGGUACAAGGAGAAGGUACCUCUUGCUUCCAUCAAGAAGAAGGUCAAAGGGGAAGAAGAAGAAGAGGAAGACUAUGGCAGCCUCCAAAUCCUCAACAGCAAGGUGGCUGACGCUGGAGUCUACAGCUGUGUGGCCAAGAACAAGCAUGGUGAAGCCGUCAGCACAGCCACCGUGACAGUCACCGAUAUGGAAGACUCGGAGCCGGGAGAAGAUGAUGCCAGCAGUACACAGGUGACCCAACGCAGCCAUCUCCAGGAUGAGACAACCUACAGCUCCCCUACAGGGGAGUCGGACACUCUGGUGGAUGCCUCCAUGAAGACAACGCCGACCUCGGCACCAGGUCUGUACCAUCCAGAUGAGCAGGCCAGCUGGUCAGAAAGCCAGACCACGGUACUGGAAAAGGAUCCAGCGGCUGGGCCCCCAGAGAGAGGACCUUACCUUCACCCCAGCAUUCCAAGGCAAGCACCUGCCGAGGCCCGGCACCUGGGGGUGGAGCCGCUGGUACGGGCAUCACGGGCGGAGCUGAUUGGUGUGGCCCCGGGGACCGAGGACAGCCUGUCUCUGGGGAGCGACCCCUACGGCAGUGCCUUCAGCCUGUACCGGGGCCGUGCCCUCUCCCUGCACGUCAACCUCCCCCAUGGUGGAUAUCGAAGGGAUGAUGCCAACAGCAGCAGCAAAACCAACACAGAUAUUCCCCAACGCCCAGUAACCCCCCGAGCAGGGCAAUGCCCAGUCCAGCCACCUGGAACCAGCCAUGGUACCAUACCACCUGUGGUUCCUCGCAGAAAACUCUUGAUGCCCAAUGAAUUCCAAGACACGGUAUCAGAGGAACUUGAUGAGAAGUUGAAGCACCCUAAAUCAUCUGGCUACUCUCAGGUUGGCACAGGAGAGUCGCGGCCCCAGACACCACUGAGCGAGGCUUCCAGCCGUGUGUCCAUCCUUCGCCCAUCCCCCAAACUGCCAAGGUCAGGCUCCAAAAUUGUUGACAAGCUCAAAUUUUUUGAAGAGCGGAGGAAAAGUCUGGAGCAGAAUGAUAAUCCUUUUGUAGGCCACACAUGGCAACCCUUACGCAAGUCACGUUCUUUUGACCAGGCUGGUUUUGAUGAUGCCAGUCCCUUCCUCUCAGCUGGCUCUCAUGAAGACCUUCAAGACGAUACUCGUUCAGAACUCGGAGACAUAUUUUCUCGGCGUCGUAUCUUCCAUCAGAAAGCAGCCUCUUUGGAUGAGCGUGGCCGCUUCUCCAGUCAUGUGCAUGACUUGGAACAAAAGUUCACUGCAGAAUUGGGGCGCAUCAAACGCACCGUGUCUCAACAGCAGCUGCGGCGAUCCCAAGAAUUGUUCAAGUCACCCACUGCAAUUACCACCAUUGACUCAUCUGUCCCCAAGGUUCCACCACCACGGAAACGUAAACCAAUGAAAGUUUUCCCAGCUACAGAAAAUGCACAUGGUGUACAGCAACUGGUUCUGUCCAGUAUGGGAUUAGUGGGACCUAGGGAUGAGCCCAAAAAAUCCCAAAAAUUUUUGUCAAGGAAUGCAGCCAUGACUGAGGAGAUGGGAGAACAGAACAGAGGUCAAAAGGAACCGGAACUGAAUGGCCAAGAUCUCCAGCACAAGGUGGAGCAGUGUCCACUCUCCCGUGCUGCUCCAGGGGGACAGAAAAACUUGCUGCAAGUUUCAGCUUUAAAUAGCCAGGAUAUCAUGGAUAAAGGCCCUCUGAAUGCAGCAAAAGUCAGCUAUGAAUCGAAGGGUCUAAACGAAGCCUCACAUGGCCGGAAACGGGAAUCAGGACAGGAUGGACAUUCUCUACCCUGGAUCAAGACAGAAACUGGCCCAGACAGAAGCAGGGCAGGGAUCCAUGGUACAAGUAGAGAAUUCGACAGAAAGAUUGGGAAAGUGGUAGAAAAAAAGGACAAUACAUUGCAACCUCAAGAAGGGAAGAGUGCGCGGAGCAGAGGCAAAGGCCGACGGUCCCGACAAAUAUCACCAGAACCAGAAUCUUCUGAUGAUUCCUACAUCUCAGCGGGUGAAGAUCCCCUGGAGGCUCCGGUCUUUGAAAUCCCAAUCCAUGAUGCAGUUGUCAUAGCAGGGACUGAGGUGCUGUUCAAAUGCAUCGUCACGGGCAACCCUUCUCCACAAGUGUCUUGGCGAAAAGAUGGCAUCCCCUUUCGGAGCAGCACCACUCGUCCCAUCAAAGCAGAGGGCGAACGCCACACUCUGCUGGUUAGGAGUGCCCGCAUGACUGAUGCCGGCCUCUAUACCGUCUGUGCAACCAACGAGGUGGCUGAGACCUGCUGCAGCGCCAUCUUAACCGUGCGGCCAGGUCCCGCAGAGAUCCACAGCCGAUUGAUGCCCCGCCGUGAAGUCAGCAGCCCUGUCACCUCAGAUGAAGAGUACCUGAGCCCUUUGGAAGAGUUCCCUGAGUCGGUCACCCCUCAACACCAUCCUGUUAUGAGAGUACAACCCUGCUCUGAGAUUGGCCCAACUGCAGCACAUGCAGACAUUAACUUCAAGGCUGCACCAUGUUUUGAGAUAGUACUAAAUGACCAGACGGUACUGGAAGGACAAGAUGUGGUCCUGCGCAUUCAAGUGCAAGGAGAGCCCAAACCCAUUGUCCACUGGUUGAAGAACAGGCAUCCCGUAAAAUAUGGACGGCGCAUUUCUGCUGUGGAAGAAGAGGAUGGAUCAUUCUGCCUCCAUAUCCGCAUGGUGGAAUGCACAGAUGCUGGCUAUUAUGCCUGCAAGGCCAUAAAUGAAUAUGGCACCAGACAGUGCGAAGCCAAGCUUGAUAUACAAGUGCACCCUGAGACACACUCCCUGGCAGUGCUGACCCCACUGCAGGACGUGGUGGUGGGGGCUGGGGAUGCAGCGAUCUUCGAAUGCCUGGUUGCUGGCCCAUCGGAUGUGGAUGUGGACUGGCUGUGGCGGGGGCGCCUUCUGCAGCCUGCCCUGCUCCAGUGCAAGAUGCAUUUUGAUGGGCGCAAGUGCAAGCUGCUGCUUACCUCUGUGCAUGAAGAUGAUAGUGGUAUCUACACAUGCAAGUUAAGCACAGCUAAAGAUGAGCUGACCUGCAGUGCCAAACUAACAGUGUGGCCUUCACGCCAUCCCCUUUUCACCCGCAAACUGGAAACUGUGGCUGUGGUGGAAGGACGAACAGCACGGCUUGACUGCAAGAUCAGUGGGGAGCCCCCACCAACCAUCGUUUGGACCCACUUUGGCCAGCCUGUACAAGAGGGGGAAACCAUGCGUAUACAGCAAGACGGGGGUCUGCACUCUCUGGUCAUCCUGCAUGUGAGCUCCGAGGAUGAGGGUCAGUACGGGGUGAGUGCCAGCAACAAGCACGGCCGAGCUGAGUGCACCGCAGAGCUGUAUGUGGAGGAGCCGCGGCCAGCAGCUAGCUCCCAGAUUUCCAAGCUAGAAAAGAUGCCAUCUAUCCCUGAAGAACCAGAACAAGGGGAGGGUGAAGUUGAACGCUUCACCAUGCCGGACUUCUUGCGACCGCUGCAUGAUCUGGAUAUGGUGGAAUCCAAAGAAGCUGUGCUAGAGUGUCAAGUGGCUGGUCUUCCUUAUCCAACCAUUACCUGGUUCCACAAUGGGCGGCGCAUCGAGAGCUCUGAGGACCGCCGAAUGACACAGUAUAAGGAUGUACACCGUUUGGUCUUCAACUCUGUCAAUCAUGCCCAUGCUGGAGUGUAUAAAAGUGUUAUUGCCAACAAAGUGGGCAAAGCCACCUGCUAUGCUCACCUCUAUGUCACGGAUGUGGUACCCACACCUCCUGAUGGUCCACCAACUAUAGCAGCUGUUACUGGCAGAGGUGUCACACUGAACUGGAAUGCGCCAAAGUGGCUGGAUUCAGCUAUUGACCCUGCCUCUGUCACCUAUAUUCUCCAGCAGCAGAUCCUGGGGUCCAGCCACUGGACUGUCGUUACUACAGGCUUGCAUCAAACCAGCCAUACCAUUCUGGCUCUAAAGAAAAACAUUUACUAUAUGUUCCGUGUACUCACAGCAACGGCUAAGGCUAACAGCAAGCCUUCUCCACCCACAGAACCAGUGCAGCUCCUAGAUCAUGGUCCGUAUAUGGCAGAGGCCCCUAUAAUCUUGGACAAGCCAGAUGUGGUAUAUGCAGUAGAGGCACAGUCGGCUUCCAUCACUAUAACUCUCAACCAUGUUGAGGCUGUUGUCACCUGGAGGAGGGCUGGCAUGGUGCUCAAGGAUGGUGAUCCCAACUGUGAGAUGAGCAUGCCUGAUGAUGAUCAGCACACCUUGCGAUUCCUCCGGGUGGGAAGGGGGGAAGUGGGGGAAAUAACCUGCGAGGUGAGCAACCAGCAUGGAUAUGAUCAUGGCUUCAUCAGGAUGGAGCUGGCAGAGGCACCACGUUUUGAAUCAAUCAUGGAAGAUAUCGAAGUUGGAAUAGGUGAAACACCACAGUUCGCAGUGGUAGUAGAAGGCAAACCACUUCCAGAUAUUAUGUGGUACAAGAAUCAGGUGCUCCUGGCUGAAAGUAACCACCUGAGCUUCGUAUAUGAGGAAAGUGAAUGCUCUUUAGUUGUGCUGAACACAACAGAGCAGGACAGUGGAGUCUACACAUGUACUGCACGCAACCUGGCUGGAGAAGUGUCUUGCAAGGCUGAACUUGUGGUUCAUGCAGCCAUACCAGAUUCGGAUGCUGCACAAGCAGAAGAAGAGUCACACAUAGCCCGCCGUCUUGCUGACUAUUAUGAUGCCCAUGAGGAGAUCUGCAGGGGAGCCUUCUCAUACGUUCGGCGAGUGACCCAGAAAAGCACCGGCUUGGCUUUUGCUGCAAAGUUCAUCCCAUGCCGGGCCAAAGCCAAAAAAUCAGCCCGUCGUGAGCUGGGCAUUUUAGCUCAGUUGGACCAUGAACGUAUUGUGUACUUCCAUGAUGCCUUUGAGAAGAGGAAUGCCCUCAUCAUCAUUACUGAGCUCUGCACUGGAGACGAACUGCUUGAGCGCAUUGCGAGGAAGUCCUCUGUGAGUGAAUCUGAAAUUCGCUGCUACAUGAGGCAGAUCCUGGAGGGAAUUUGUUAUCUCCACCGCAAUGGCAUCUUACAUCUUGACAUUAAGCCUGAAAACCUACUGCUGGCUGAACCUGGCAGUGAUCAGGUGAGAAUCUGUGACUUUGGCAAUGCCCAGGAACUGACUCCAGAUGAACCGCAGUAUUGCAAAUAUGGCACCCCUGAAUUUGUUGGUCCCGAGAUUGUCAGCCAGAGUCCUGUGUCCGUGGUCACCGAUGUCUGGCCUGUGGGAGUCAUGACCUAUUUAUGUCUCACAGGGAUCUCCCCAUUUGUGGGUGAAAAUGACAAGACCACACUCAUGAACAUCCGCAACUACAACGUAGCCUUUGAGGAGAGCAUGUUCACAGGACUGACCAGGGAGGCCAAAGGCUUUGUUAUCAAAGUGCUGGUUAAUGAUCGCCUGAGGCCUAAUGCAGAGCAGACCCUGGAGCAUCCCUGGUUCAAGACACUGGCCAAGGGCAAGAGUAUCAGCACAGAUCAUCUCAAACUGUUCAUAUCUCGCAGGAAGUGGCAGCGCUCCCAAAUUAGCUACAAGUGUAACAUGGUGCCACGACCUAUCCCUGAGCUUCUAGAGGACACAUCCACACACUUAUCUAUUGCUGUGCCACGUCUCCUAAAGGAAACAUCAGUCCUAUCCUCUUCUUCAGAUUCUGAUGAUCCUGAAGAGCUGCCCUAUAUUCCUAUGCCCCAUCAGCCUGAAUUUUCUGGUUCCCGGAUGUCCCUGACUGAGAUUCCCACAGAGGAGGAGUCUGUGGGUCCAGAUGGGGCUGUGACGGAGGAGGAUACAUCCAUGGAUUGGCAGGAUGUAGAGCAGAGAGGAACUAAGAGAAAGGAAGAUGUAGAGUCAUCCGUGAGGAAGCAUAAGAGUAAGGUGCCCCAAAAACGUUCCACAGAGGCUGAAGCACUGGGCUCUUUUGAAGAGGAGACUAGUGAUGCCCAGAAAAGGCCAGAGAAAAGGAGGGCACUGAAGAAAGGCUCCAGCCUGGAGUCUCCAGAUGCUUCUGACAAAGCCUCACAGAAGGCGGGAUUGCGCCGCGGCAGUUCUGCAGAUAGUGCCCUUUUGCUCAACCUUCCCUCAGAUGAAGCUGAGUCCCUCUCGCGUCCAAUCUUGACCAAAGCUUCCUCCAUGGAGUUGCCCCGUCGCAGCCCCAGCCCUGGCACAUUGUAUCAUAGGAAAGGUGGCCUCCCUGAGGAAGAAUAUGCUCAGCGCCUGGAGCUCAUGCGCCAGCGCUUACUGCGAGGCAGUCCUGUGGACGGCAAACUGAGUGGCUUGCGGGGGCCCCUGUUGGAGACCCUUGGCCUUGAGAAGAAGGUCCCGAGGCCUCCCCGGUUAGAAAAACAGCUGUCCCCAGGGCAUAAGAUGGUGCGUGCAGCCUCUAGUGAGACAGCCCCACAGCAUUUGCCCCCAGAGGGGCGUCUUCUCCAGAAGAGUAGCUCCUUCAGCCAUGGUGAUGGGGAGCCUGUCAUCCUGCACCGGCGUUCUGGGGCACCAUUGGAAAUCCCCUUGGUCCAGGCAGAGACUCAGAAAUUAAAAGAGACCCCAUCCCUCUCAGCACUGAAUGAGUCCCGGCCACACACACCACAUGAAGCUGUCUCCAAAGUAUCCAGCCUCGAGAUGGAGGUAGGAACUAAGUCCCUCACUAGGUCUAGCCUGAGAAGACCUAUCCCCAGACAAUCUGAGGAGAAGCCAUCAGCCAGAUUUGCCAAACCUGAUGCUCCAGUGGCUGGGAAAGCCAUGAGCUCCAAACUGGAAUCAAUACCAUCCAGGCAAAUCUCACCCAUCCCCGGCAGCUCUGCUCCAAAACGUUCUGCUUAUGCUGAUGUCAUGAAGUCUUUGACUGGUGAAUCUUCCCAAAGCCCUCAGAAAGAGACUGCUGAACCUUCCAUUGCUGCUCCUGAAGGCGUGCCUCAGCAAUCCCCCACAGAAAUGCCACCCUCUGCUGUGGUCCCCAGCAAAGAGAAAGAGCUUCCCUCCUCCUCAUCCCAGCAUAUUGCGGACAUUGACUCUGAAGAAGUCUUUGAAGCCAAAUUCAAGAGAGGCAGGGAAGGCUCCUUCAACAGAGGCUACAAGCUAAUCUCCAGAUCUGAGGAGCGGCACCUGGCCAAGCCCCUGGUGCAUGAAGAAGGCAUUUAUCGGCCAGGACCAGUGGGGGCUCCGCUAGAAUUUUCCAAGUCUCCGGCCCCCAAGCAGCUAGGCGCACGCUCUCGUUCAGUACAGGACCUGCAUGAAGUGGAGAAGGAAGGAGGCUUCAUCCGCAGAAUGUCGAUGCGCCUGCGCCGCACUCCCCCUGCUGAGAGAAAGAAGGUCAAGGAGGAGGACACAGGGGGUAUGAGCCAGGGGCGCAGAUCUUCAUGGGGCUUGACUUCCAAGGACAAAAAGGACACAGAGGGCCAGCAAUCCAAGCCUGGCUCCAGUGAAUCCCCUGUCAUGGCCGUACGCCGCAAGAUUGGAAGUAAAGUAGGCCGCCUCUCCACACAUCUACGUAGCCACUCACAGCAACAGGCUGAUGACGACCAGCCGAUUGCUACUGGCGACUGUGUCCAGCAGCUUGAGAAGAGAGCUCCCUUUCUCUCUCAGAUACGCCGUGCAACCUCUGAGGGUGAAAACUUGCGUCAGGUGGGCAUCCCACAGAACCAGUUGGCAGCCCAGUCUGCUAAGGUCCCCUCCACAGAAUCGUUCCAGUAUGAGUCGUCUACAGGCAAUGUUUCCAGUGAUGGCCAACGCCGCAGCUCUCGUUGGGAACGCUGGAGUUUAUCCCGUACCAAGAAGGACAAGGUGGCCUCUCAGCCCAACCUCCUUGCCAGCCUGAGAGGGGAAGGUGUUGUUAUUGUCAGUCAACCUUACAUGCUCAGUGAAUCGGACUUCCCUCCUGUCUUCCACAUAAAAUUAAAGGACCAGAUAUUGUUGGAGGGAGAGGCAGUGCAACUUUGCUGCCUUCCUGCCGCCAGCCCUGCCCCUUGCAUUCUGUGGAUGAAAGAUAAACGUGCCUUGGUUUCAGAGGGAGUUCUUAAUAUUGUGGCAUGUAAAGAUGGCCGUCAACUGCUUACCAUUUCCAAAGUCUCCAAGAAGGACGCAGGCUUGUAUGAAUGUAAUGCUACAAAUGCCUUGGGCACUGCAACUAGUUCCUGCACCAUUGCUGUGGCACGUCUUCCUGGGAGACCAGGCACUCCAGAAAUUCCUCAAAAGUACAGGAACACAGUCCUGGUGCUGUGGAGGCCAGCAGACACUCAGGCGCCCGGCUGCUCAUACACACUGGAAUGCAAGAUAGAUGGAGAACAUGAUUGGAAAACAAUUAACUCAGGCAUUGCUGACUGCUACUUCAAUGCAACAGAUCUUCCUGUUGGAAACACCGUCAAGUUUCGUGUUGCCUGUGCCAACAAGGCUGGACAAGGCCCAUACAGCAACCCUUCGGGGAAAGUAUUCAUUGAGGGUGCAGAACCCACAGCUUCCCAUUCAGGUCUUCCUGCCAAGAGGAAUAGAACAGCUUCUACCAGGUCUACUCAGACACUUCCUGAUCAGACGCCCCAGCCAAUGAUGAAAAGCACAGGUCCUCUGCUGACCUCCGAGCCAGUUUUAGGAGAGGUUCCUCCUGGGCCACAAGAGAUUCAAGCCAGUGAGGAGGCAUCUAUGGCUUCAGAGAAAGAAAAACUCCCAAUUACAGCCCUCCUUCCAUCUUCCCAGGAUUCCUCCUCUUUGGAAGAUCCAUCCAUAACAAAGGUCCCUUUCCCAGAAUCAACAUUAAAGCCUUCCAGGACAGCAUCUUCCCUCACCACCCAAAACGUCUCAACUACCACCAAGGGUUUGCUUGCCCCAACAUCAUCCCCUGAUUCUUCUCUCUCCAUGUUCUCCCCAGUCCAGCCUGCACUUCCAACGUCCACAGUGGACUCGCCAGGGACCAUCACUCCUAAAACCGUGCCAUAUGUUGCCACCUCUUUUGUUUCCAUCCCAUCAACACCACCUGUCCCAACAGAUGAUGCUCCCAGCCCCUCAGUCACCCCUACCACAGAGGAAAUGCCUUCACACACACGUUUUCUAAGGCGGAACCUUUCCUCCAGUAAGGAUACUAGUAGUGGAGCCCGGGGUAGUCUUACUUCAAAAGAUGAAUCCGCAUUGCGCCAAGGAGUUCCUCAAAAACCUUACACCUUCUUGGAUGAGAAAGCGAGAGGCCGUUUUGGAGUGAUCCGGGAGUGUAAGGAGAAUGCCACAGGCAAGCGUUUUAUGGCCAAAAUUGUACCCUAUGAGGCAGAAAGCAAGCAAAAUGUCCUGCAGGAGUAUGAGAUCCUUAAGGGCCUUCACCAUGAACGCAUCAUGACCCUCCAUGAAGCCUAUAUUACUCCUCGCUACCUGGUGCUGAUAGCAGAAUAUUGCACUGGGAAAGAGAUCCUCUUCCACCUUGUUGACAGGUUCCGAUACUCAGAGGAUGAUGUGGUGGGGUAUAUAAUGCAGAUCCUUCAAGGUCUAGAAUAUCUUCAUGGACGACAUAUCAUUCACCUUGACCUGAAGCCUGAGAACAUCCUUGUUUCCACCACAAACUCAAUAAAAAUUAUUGACUUUGGUAGUGCCCAGACGUACAAUCCAAUGGUUUUGCGACAGCUAGGGCGCCGUGUUGGCACUUUAGAAUACAUGGCUCCAGAAAUGGUGAAGGGGGAUCCUACUGGCUCAGCAGCUGACAUCUGGGGCAUAGGAGUCCUCACAUAUAUUAUGCUCAGUGGUCGCUCACCAUUCUUUGAAGCAGAUACUUUGGAGACAGAAAGCAGGAUCCUCGCAGGGCGUUAUGAUGCCUUCAAGCUCUACCCUAAUGUCUCUCAGAGUGCUGCACUUUUCAUCCGCAAGGUCCUCUCUGCUCAUCCCUGGAGCCGUCCGACUCUCAAGGAUUGCUUUGCCAAUCCGUGGCUCCAGGAUGCCUAUCUCAUGAAGUUACGGCGUCAAACCCUCACUUUCACCACAAGUCGCCUGAAAGAGUUCUUGGUGGAGCACCAGCGUCGGCGCAAUGAAGUGGCUACCAAGCACAAGGUCUUAUUGCGCUCCUACCAUGGCGCUAGCAGCCACAUGCCCUAGCCACCUGCCCUGCCGGAGGAGCCACAAAACAUUCCAGCAGGGGGCGUAAUGGGCCAAGUACCUGUCCUCCCAGCCAGGGUGGGACUGGUUGAUAUACCUCAUGGAUGAAAAAGAGUCAUCGGCGCUGGCUGCUGAUCUUCCCCUUCUCCCACAAUCCUCACAGCGGGGCAAGCCGGUUUAGAGGGAAUGAAACAGGGCGUGGUGACAAGACUUGCGACUGUGGGGUUGGGUUCACAAAGAGGUGAUGUGCUCUGGGAAAUCUGAGAGGGGCUUUGAAGACACAAAAGCUGGGGACCUCUCCUUGUCAGAAGAAAGUUCCCUGGAAGAUUCAGAUGGCUUCUUCUGCAUUGUGCCCAAUGGAUGGCUUCAGUUGCCUGGCACAUAGCCCUGUGGAGUGGCCCAUUGUUUUGUUUUACAGAGUAACCUGAACUGAGAAAAAGAUGGGUCAGCCCUGCUAGAGUUAGGUUUGUGCGAAGGCACAACAAGAACGGGAAACUGUGCCCGCCGCCUGUGUAACCGAUGCACAGUGCAAUUGUGGAAUAGUUUGUGGUCAUCGUGAUGGUUGUUUGGGUUUCCCAAGGCAGGAAAUGGGGAAGGAGAGGCAUGUAUUAAGUCCACAUCUGUUAGAUAGGGAAACUUUAAUUUGUGUUUCUCCACACAUCAGGGUUGAAUUCAAGGGCUUCGUUGGCCUCUUCCAACUUUAUGGUCUUAGGAUUUUACAACAACCCAAUGAAAGCUGGCUGGGGAAUUCUGGGAGUUGAAAUCCACACAUCUUAAAGUUGCCAAAGUUGGGAAACGCUGGUUUUAAGACGCCCAUUAGAAGAUCUUUCCUCUUCAAACGUUCACAAUUUCGCCAUAAUCUCUCCUUGCAUUUUGCACAUGCUUUUCUGAAAAGUAUAAUCCUUCCCCACCCACCCCUUUCAGAACUUGUGCAGGAGACACUUUGUCUUCCUGCCCACUUUCAUGAAUCAAGUAUACACUUUCUACACAACAUCCACCUCCUCAAAUUAUUUACAUUUACACAAGACUCUUUCCUUUAUGCUCUUUUGCCAAAGUGCAUCUUCUUGGGCCCUGUAGAACACCUAGCCAAACAGGUGGAGAGCUUCCACUUUUAUGCAGCUUUUUUUCUUUCUUUUGCAGUCGGCUUUCUCAGGAUGUACAAAAUGGUGUGUCAGUUUUAUUGCCGAGGAAGGAAACGGAAUGGCCCCUGUGCUCUUCCCAGCCCUUUCCUUGUUAGCCUUGCUGUGGUGAGGGUGGCUGACUAUCUCUGCGGUGGUAGAAACUCAAUAAUGAAGCCACUCACACAGUCAGGAGAAUAUUUCUACCUGUCUCCCUUUCCAAGAGGGAAUGAAGAUGCAGGCUGUUCCUUUUCUACCCUGCCUGGCCUGUACAGUAUCCAUAGCAAUCAACCUUUCAGGUCCUGCUGAAAAGGAUGGAAGCCAUUCUGAACACUAGAAUCUACAGGUUCUACCAUCUCUGGUGUAUUGGGGUAGAGAGGAGUUAACAAACCUAAAUUUGGUAGGAUAGUGGAAAUCAGAUGUUGACAGUUGAGUAGAAGAGAAAACUGAACCCAAGCAUCAUACUGCAUAAAUCCAACUAUCCUGUCCUGCCUUUGGUAUGUAAAUUCAUGCCUCUGAUUUCCCCCCAAGUUCAUUUCUCACCCUGUCCAAUGUAUUUUAAAUGCGGAGACGAUACACAUUUUCCCUCUUGCACAGGAAAAGCAAAAACAGCAAGCCUCUUCCAGAUGGAUGAUUUAUCACAAAUCAAUCAGUUCUUCUGCUGCAACUAUAAAUGGAACCACACAUGACUUUCCAUGAUAUUAUGGAUAUUGCAGUCUUCCUGUAAACUCAUCUCACUAUUUUUUAUUUCGAUCCAAAGCUACGCCAUAAAUGUCAUAGAUGGAAAGGGGGGGGAAGUAUAUUCACCCAAGCAAUCGUGGGGAUGGGGGUAUCCUAGUAACCUUUUUUUUAAUUCAAAGAAAUUGUUUAUUAGUGCUAAGUGCUUCUUACAUGUCAAAAAAAGUUUGGAAAGGUUUUUCUUUUUAAAAUUAGUAUUGUAGUGAUAUUUUAACAUUUUUAAAAUAUAUAAUUGGAAAAGCAUUUUGGCACUAAUUUUAAAAUAUUAAGGUUUACAAAUGGAUGUGUACCACACAAUUUUUAUUAACAGUACGCUGAAAUGUAAAGGGUACAGUUUUUCCAACACCCUAUUACACAAACUGGAACUAGGCCUCUAAAAACAAAAGACACAUAUACAUUUUGAGAUUAUGCUAGUCCUAUUCUUGAAAGAAAAGUGGAAACAAUAGUGGGAAAACAUGAAAAAGUUACAAAUGUUUGAAUUCCUUCCCGAAGGGUGAGUGAACAAGAGGAAAUCUGCAAUAAAUGCCUUGUGUGGAAGCAGUUCACCAGUAAAAAUAA